UUCCUCCAUUCUCCGCACACCCUUUCCUGCCUCCGUCUCCCCAACCUCAUCCUUUCAAUUUCUCCGGCGAGGGCGCCACCUCUACUAGGUUGUGGCCCUGUAACUGCAGCCAUCCUCUUCGUCAAGCGACGCCCGGCGCCGUUUCUCUAGCAGGGAAAGGGACAAAGGGAGUCAUGUCCAACACAAAGAUGGCGGACGGUGACCAACACAGUGAGAAAAUUGCUGCCCUGGAGAAGGCGUUGCUCGAUGAGAGCGUGGAUCCAAUCGAUCUACCUUUCUCUCUACUCAAGUCCAUCACAGGGAAUUUCUGUGAAGCUCAAGAAAUUGGCAGGGGCGGGUAUGGAGCAGUCUACAAGGGAGUGCUUCCAAGUGGUCGCAUUAUUGCCGUGAAGAAGCUCUUCGAGAGGUUUGAGAUCCUGGACAAGAAUUUUGAGAGUGAGGUCGCAUGUCUUGUUGGGGUAAAGCACAAGAACACAUUGAGAUUCCUCGGGUACUGCUCUGAGACACAGCUCGUGGUAAUGCCAUACGACGGGAAGCUUGUAUGUGCAGAAGAACGGCAGAGGCUGCUCUGCUUCGAGUACAUAUGCAAAGGGAGCAUUGCUGACUAUCUCUCCGACGCUUCUUAUCAACUUCACUGGACUGCAAUAAUCAAGGGGAUAUGUGAGGGUGUACAUUAUCUUCAUCAGCAACGUAUUAUUCACAUGGACCUCAAACCUCAAAAUGUAUUAUUGGAUGAUAAUAUGGUGCCCCGAAUUGCGGAUUUCGGUCUCUCACGACGCUUAAGUGGAAGCCAGAGUCGGGUUAUUACUGAAAACAAGCUUGGGACGAUGGGAUAUAUGGCACCGGAAUUCUUAAAUCGUGGUGAAAUCACCUUCAAGACAGAUGUAUACAGUUUAGGUGUUAUAAUCAUGGAGAUCCUUAUGGGACAUAAAGAAUGCUCCAAUGUUGAGAAGGUAGUUGAAAGUUGGACGAACAAGUUUGGGGCAUCAAAGAACCAGACAUCACUCGAACAAGUAAAAGUAUGUGCUGAGAUAGGGAUUAAAUGCACCAACUAUGACCCUGGGAACAGGCCUGCUACAUGGUUUAUCGUCAGUGAAUUUGAAAAGAUGGUUGAACAGGAAACUUCAAGAAGGUCUGUUACAAGUGAUGAAGCUAUAACAGAAGGGCAAUCUACUGUUCGAGAGCGAGUUAUAAUCAACACUGUCCUUGAGGAAUCUCGCUUACUCACAUCAUAUGAUAUACCAACUUUGUCUGCGGAGAAUUUAACGAUGAAGGAGCUACUGAUUGUUUGUGCUAAAGCUGUGGCGGACGACAAGGCCACCAACAUCUCUUGUUCAAGUAUCAGUCAGGACAUAAUUGUAGAGUUGAGGAAAAUGGUUUCAGUGUGUGGUGACCCACUCCAGAGGUUGGGAGCCUACAUGUUGGAGGCCCUUAUUGCCAGGAUUUUCUCAUCAGGACACUCGGUCUGCAAAGCCUUGGAGUCUGACGCUGAAGACUUCAUCUCAUACAGGAAUCUACUGUUUGAGUCCUGCCCCUACUUGAAGUUUGCUUACCUGUCGGCUACCGGCGCGAUUGCAGAGGCUACAAAUGGAGAAGAUAGGAUUCAUAUCAUCGAUUUCUCUGUCUGCGAUGGGGCUCAGUGGGUAACUCUCCUCCAGGCACUUGCGAGACGUGCUGGUGGUGCACCAGCUGUGAGGAUCACAGGAAUAGAUGACUCAGUACAAGCAUACACGCUAGGCAGAAGCAAGCUAGAGCUAGUUGGAAGGAGGCUGUCGCGUAUUGCUGGCGCAUGCAACGUCCCCUUUGAAUUCUGCGCGGUUGCCAUCACUGCAAGCCAAUUGAAGGCGGGCCACCUGGGUGUCAUCCGUGGUGAAGUUGUUGCGGUGAACUUCAACCUGGGGCUGCACAAAAUUUCUGAUGAUGAUGAGUCCUCUUUAAGCCAGCGAGACCGGAUCCUGAAACUGGCCAGGAGCUUGUCGCCCAGGUUAGUCACCCUUGUGGAGCAUGAGCUCAACACCAACGAAGCCACCACUUUCGCAGAUAGGUUCGCGGAGACGCUUGACUACUACACCGCUGUCUUCGAGUCCGUUGACUUAUCACUCCGGAGGGAUGCCAAUGAAAGGAUCGACAUGGAGCAGCACUGCCUCGGAAAGGACAUGGUGAACCUCAUUGCCUGUGAGGGUGCGGAAAGGGUGGAACGACACGAGCUCUUCGGCCAGUGGAAGGCGCGCCUCAUCAAGGCUGGCUUCACACCCUCUCCGCUCAGCUCGCACGUAAAUGACACCAUCAAGAAGAUGCUGCUGAGGUACAGUUGCCACUACCGGUUCGAAGAGAGGGACGGUGUGCUCUACCUCGGAUGGAAGGACAGGCCACUGGUGGUUACGUCCGCCUGGCAUUGAUCUCAAUUGAUCAGCAUGCUUAUAUAUACACUAGUACUAUGAUGGAUGACGUUCGUGGCCGCACGCUGGUACUCAUUCGUGUA